AUAGAAGACUGCCGGACCCGUUACAAUGGUGAGGCAGAUCACCAUCAGCGACGCAAAAAGUUCUCAUUUCCUGCUAGACUUUUGUGUGGAGAUUGUUAUGAGGUUUGUUUGGAUAGGGUUUUAGCAGAUGAUGCACCUUUUGAUGUUUGUAGCUGUCAGUUUGCUAUGCACUAUUCGUGGUCUACUGAGGCACGUGCACGGCGUGCACUGGCCAAUGUCUCAGCUUUACUCCGGCCUGGAGGAAUAUUUAUUGGAACAAUGCCAGAUGCCAAUGUCAUUGUCAAGAAGUAUAGAGAAGCUGAGGGGUUAGCCUUUGGUAAUAGUGUCUAUUGGAUAUGUUUUGAUGAAGAAUUUUCGGAGAAGAAAUUUAAAUCUUCAAAUCCUUUCGGCAUUAAAUACAAAUUCCAUCUGGAGGAUGCUGUUGACUGUCCUGAGUGGAUAGUUCCUUUCCCUGUCUUCAAGGCAAUGGCAGAAGAGUAUGACUUCGAGCUAGUUUUUGUGAAGAACAACCAUGAAUUUGUGGAUGAAUACAUGAAGAAACCAGAGUUCGUUGAGCUAAUGAGGAGGCUCGGUGCAUUAGGUGAUGGGAACCAAGACCAAAGUACUCUAUCACCAGACGAAUGGGAGGUAGCCUACCUUUAUUUGGCAUUUGUUCUGAGGAAGAGGGGGCAACCAGAUCAAACACGAAGAAAUCCUAGUCGAGACAAAGGCAAGAUGCAAUUGACGAAAGACGAUAUCGAGAAUGUUAAUGGUGCAGUGUAGUGCUUUGCUCCAACCUUUGAAACUGAAAAGACUGUUAUGGCACAUGAGGAAGUAUCUGAAGGGAAGAGGAACAGCCAGCACAAUGUACCCCUUUAAGUCGAGUAAUCGAGCUGCUAAUCAGUUUUGCAGAAUAAAGACUAGUUUUUGCCUAAUCAUUUGUUACAACUUCAACUUGCUAUAAUACUCCAUCAUAAAAUGUCAGGCAGCAUAAUUGGAAGAAACUGGCUUGUUUUCAGUUGAUGUUGGCAGAUGUAGCUGAUUCUAAUGAUACAAGUCAUCAGUGCAAUGCUUGUUUACUUGCAA